AUGAACCGCAGCGCCUUGGACCUGCACCGACUGAGUUUCAGUACGUUCCUCAUGGACGAGGUAUCGUCCCCCGUACAGCUGCAGAAGGUCUCGAAGCGACCCCCGCCGUCACCUCUUCCGCCUUUGAGAGCCCAGGGUCUGUCCAAUGUGCCCCCACGGCGCCAUAACCCCCCGCUGGACACCUCGAGACGUCGAGGAGGGUCGGACGGAGAUAUUCCCGUGUUGGAGGCGGCAAGAGACAGCAGCGGCUUCCGAUUGGACGGCGCAGAUCAAACCGUGGUCGAAGUGAACAGUGACGAUGAAGGAGGAGCGGAAGCGAAGGUCGUGUUGGGCGAAUACGACGCCGAAGAGGACGAUUUUGUGCCGGUGUUGCAGACAGCGGAGGACGCGCUGAGAGCUCACAGACACAUGGGAAGUAAAAAGUUUUCAUGGAGAGUAUCAGCGAGACGAGUCCCCGCGGGCAAGACGGUUAGAGUACCAGAUCAGGAGACGCUACUGAGGAUGUCCGCGAGAAGCACAGAAUUGUCAUCGAGCUACUCAAGCAGCAACUCACUAGGCUCAAGGAGAAACUCCUCGUCUAUGCGAAUCGAGCGAGAACUGGUGCGCAGUGGCUGGCUAUACAAGCAGGCGAACGUUAUGUACGUUAACGAGAGCGUGUUUUUAUUUAUUUAA